AUGACCCCCACCCCCUCCUUUUCGCGUGCUGCCAUUGACGACCUUUCGAGGUGGUCUCCAAAUUAUAGGCCAAAAUCAAUGGAUUCCACGAAGGGAACUCAAAGGAAACAAAGGGAUAUCAUGGGGGAUGAGCUAGAUGUGCCACCGAUGGGGCUCCAGCCAGUCGGAUUCCUCAUGGGCGAGCCUGCUCUAGCCAAAUCACCGGCAUUCUUGCUGUUGGCGCUGCUUCUUGCGGCCACCGGCGAUAGCCUCACCGUGAGGCCAGACUGCCAGGAGAGCUGCGGCGGUGUCGACAUCCCCUACCCGUUCGGCAUCGGCACGGACUGCUUCCAUCCGGGCUUCGAGAUCACCUGCCUCAACAACACGAUGCCGGUUCUGCCGGCGUCCACCGGGGUUACACAGGUGCUGGAGCUGUUGGUGAUGCCGCGGCCGGAGGCCCGGGUGAUGCUGCCCGUGGCGUGGAUGUGCUACAACUCCGCCGGCAACGCCACCGGGUCCAUGGAAGGCGGAGUGAACUUCAACACAGACAACGUCUACCGCAUCUCCAACACCCACAACGAGCUCGUCGUCCUCGGCUGCAACACCUUCGCCUACACCAUGAGCUGGUGCACGGCCCACUGCGACGACGCCCUGAUCGCCGAGUACACCUUCUACAGCGGGUGCACCACCUAUUGCAACGACUCCCGGAGUGCGCGGGACGGAGCCUGCGCCGGCAUCGGCUGCUGCCACAUCGACAUCCCACCGGGCAUCGGCGAUAACUUGAUGAAAUUCGAAACCUGGUCGCGCAAGGACUUCAGCCCCUGCGACUACGCCUUCAUUGUGGAGAAGGGCAGCUACACCUUCCGGGCUGCCGACCUUCACAUGAACAACCAGACCAGCAUGCCGCUGCGGCUGGACUGGGCCAUCCGGGACAGCAACAUCAACUCCACCGCCUCCCUCUCCUGCGCCCAGCUCUCCCAGGCCAACAGCAGCAGCGCCUGCGUCAGCGACCACAGCGAGUGCGUCGACUCCACCAAUGGCCCCGGAUACGUCUGCAACUGCACAAAGGGCUACGAGGGGAACCCAUACCUUCCCCACGGAUGCACAAGCAUCAGUCUUGGUAUAUCCUUGUUAGUGGUUGCUCUACUUUUAGUACUCAUAGUGGUCCAAAAGAAAAAACUGGAUAAAUUAUUUGAAAAGAAUGGAGGCAGAAUACUUCAAAAUGUGAAAGGCCUAACAAUUUUUUCAAAGGAGGGAUUGAAGAAAAUAACAAAAAAUAAUUCAGAGCUUCUUGGUAACGGAAGCUUCGGCAAAGUCUACAAAGGAAUUCUUCCUGAUAAUACCAUGGUGGCAGUUAAGGCCUCUAUCAAAGUAAAUGAAGCUACAAAAAAAGAAUUCGCUGAAGAACUGAAGAUCCAUUCACAUAUGAUCCACAAGAACAUUCUCAAGCUCAUUGGUUGCUGCCUGGAGGUGGAUGUUCCAAUGUUAGUGUACGAGUUUGCAGCUAAUGGGAGCCUCGAAGACAUUCUCCAUGGCAAUAAAAAACAAAAACUUUCCUUGGACUUACGUUUGGACAUAGCAAUUGGGUCUGCAGAAGGGUUGAGGUACAUGCACCUAUACACAAUUCAAGCCAUACGACAUGGUGAUAUCAAACCAGAUAAUAUACUUCUUGAUGACAAUCUAACACCAAAAAUCUCUGAUUUUGGGUUGUCAAUGCUCCUUAAAGAAGAAUAUUUUGCCAAAAAGGUGGUUGGAUGCAUGGGUUACAUUGACCCAGUGUUCAUGAAAACUGGGCUCUUAACACAGAAGAGUGAUGUUUAUAGCUUCGGAGCAGUUCUGUUGGAACUCAUUACCGGAAAGAAAAAUGUAUAUGAUAAGAACCAUAGCCUCAUCAUUGAUUUUUGCAAACUUUAUGAGCAAGAAGAGACAGGUAGGGAAAUGUUCGAUAAGGAGAUUGCAGCGACCGACGAAGAUAUCUUCAUCCUAGAAGAAAUUGGCAAGUUGGCGGUCGAAUGUCUAAAAGAAGAUAUAGAAGAUCGACCCGAUAUGACAGAGGUAGGAGAACGACUUGUGAUGCUUAGGAGAGAAAGAAAGGUUCAAAAAAUACCAAAUAGAAGUCCUAGCCUCUUUGAGUAUAUCAAUAUGGAUGAUUCUGCUAACAAUACUAACAUAAGUGGAACUAGCAAAGCUACAUGUUCGGUGCAUUCCACUUCAACAAGCAAAGAUUUCGAUGCUAGUCCAUAG